UUGGAGUAUUUGGUUGUAUUAAGUGCAUAAUAUUCUAAUGUAAAACAAGUUAGCUAUGUCUAACGAAGCUACUACGUCAGAUGUAAAAGCAGUCGACAUUUCGAAACCAAUCGUCAGAGAAAAAUGGGCAAGAAAAACUGACUUUCUGCUGUCGGUCGCUGGGGGAUUCGUCGGGCUUGGAAACGUCUGGAGGUUUCCCUAUUUAUGUUACAAAAAUGGAGGAGGAGCUUUCCUCAUUCCAUAUUUGAUUUUCAUGGUGAUUGGCGGAAUCCCAAUAUUUUUCUUGGAAGUUGCACUUGGGCAAUAUACAUCAGAGGGAGGUGUGACCGCAUGGAAACUUGUGCCAAUUGGCAAAGGAAUCGGAUACGCAUCUCUGGUUAUCGUUACGUUGCUCAACAUCUACUACAUCAUUAUUCUGGCAUGGGCAGUUUUCUAUCUUUUCCAGAGUUUUACAGCAACCCUUCCCUGGGCUCUUUGUGGGCAAUACUGGAACACGGAUUGUUGCGUGCAAAAUUUCAAAAUCGAUUUAAAAUACAUAAAUUACACGGAAUAUUUGUUACCAAAAGAAGACACCACUACGGCGAUGACACCCAUUACCACGGCAUUGCCUAUUACCAUUAACACAACAGAAAUGCCCUAUCUCGGUUAUUAUAUAAACUUUACGAAAUGUAACGGAAGUUAUACAAGACCAGAAACGGAGUAUUGGGAAAAUCGAGUGCUGGGAUUAUCCGGUGGAUUAGACGAAGUUGGAUCAAUAAGAUGGGAACUGGCAUUAUGUCUCUUGCUUGUUUGGGUUGUUUGCUAUUUUUGCAUAUGGAAAGGCAUCAAAUCUACUGGAAAAGUUGUUUACUUCACAGCUACGUUUCCCUUUCUCAUGCUUAUAGUGCUUCUAAUAAGAGGAGUAACUUUGCCUGGUGCAGAGUUAGGUAUUCGAUUCUAUCUAACUCCGGAUAUAGCAAGACUCAGUGAUCCCCAGGUGUGGUUGGACGCCGGUACACAAAUUUUCUUCUCCUACGCAAUUUGUCUUGGUGCUAUGGGAUCACUCGGCAGCUACAACAAAUAUCACAAUAAUUGCUAUCUGGACUGCAUUGCACUCAGCCUAUUAAAUUCCGGUACAAGUUUCAUCAGCGGUUUUGCUAUUUUCAGCGUUCUUGGAUUUAUGGCAACAGAACAAGGGGUUGAUAUUAAAGAUGUUGCUUCAUCUGGUCCUGGUCUAGCCUUCAUUGCCUAUCCAAAAGCCGUGACACUAAUGCCACUUUCAACUUUGUGGGCAAUCUUAUUUUUCGUCAUGCUCCUGCUUCUUGGACUGGAUAGUCAGUUUGUAGAAAUGGAAGGUUUUAUAACAUCCGUCGUCGACCUUUUCCCGGGAUUUCUUCGAAAAGGAAAAAGAAGAGAAAUAUUCAUUGGAAUCACCUGCUUGGUUUCAUAUUUAAUCGGACUGUUUAUGGUGACCGAGGGUGGAAUGUACGUCUUCCAACUAUUCGACUAUUACGCCGCCAGUGGAGUGUGCUUACUUUGGGUGGCAUUUUUCGAGUCGGUGACAAUCGCAUACAUUUACGGCGCUGAGAAAAUGUGGGGAAACAUAGCGGACAUGAUCAGAUAUCGGCCGAUACCAAUCAUCAAAUAUUUCUGGUUGAUAUUUACUCCAAUCCUGACAACGGGAACUUUCCUCUACGCCAUGAUCGAGUUCGAACCUUUGGUAUACAACAAGACGUACGUCUACCCUCCUUGGGGAGAGGGAAUCGGAUGGAUUUUAGCUCUCAGUUCCAUGAUCAACGUACCUGUGUACGCAAUUUACAUACUGAUUAAAACUCCGGGGACUGCACAAGAGAAAUGGAUAUUCUUGACCACACCCCAGCUGCAGCCAGAUCACCCUCAUUAUGAGAAAAACAAGGAAGAAACAAAUCAAUCGAGACCGCCUUGGUAUAUAAGGCUGAGGUCCAACUUUACAGGGCCUUCUUUCAGCACGACUUACGGUGUAGAUGCAAAAGGUGCUCACGAUAAUCCAACUUUCAGUGAGAUGUAGUCUCGGUAGAAAAUAGAGGAAUGUUAUCUGAAUAUAGUCUAGUAUUGUAGUAGCAUUGGCAUAUUAUAUUGUGUGUUUUCUACGUUUUCUUGUGUUCUUUAUAUCAUUUAGAUAUAGUAAGCCUGACUAAAGCUAAUAUGUAUUCUCAAUAAACAUGUA